CAAGAGCUGUCAAAUAGUUACACUGGCAGCCAGAGAAGUGAGAUGCCAGGCUCUCCCUCCUCUCCUCCCCCACAUCACUCCUCGUCCCACCUCCUGGCUCCAUCUCCGAUCUCCUCUGAUGUUGACAAAUCUCUCCUCUCCUCUCCCCGUCCUUUACCAGAGUCUACAAAAUAUGACCCGUCAUGUUCAGAUAUGGAGAAACCACCGGACCAGGUUCAGCCUCCACCUGCUUCAUUGUCCGCAUUAGUGUUUCCUCCUUGUCCUUUCUCACCCGAGAUUCAGAACAUAACUCACUCCCAAUCUCCAACUCUCCCCUCUCCUGCCGUGUUCAUCCCUCUCUCCACUACCUCUUCCCCCAUGCAAGAUGCCUCAACGAUAAGAGGAUCAGAGGACAUUCAAACUGAAGACAAGGAUGCCCCAAGCUCCAACCUCUCUACUCUUCCUCAUGACUCUAAAGGCGUAGCAUGCCCUCCUUUUUCGAGUGUCUCUCCAUCUCCCUCUCCAAAUUUGGAUUGUCCAUUUUCUGCCUCGAUUGUUAUGUCAUCUUCAAAGUCUGACUCCUCCUCUGGGAGUCCAGGGAACACACAGUCAAAAUGGACUGAGGGGAUUUUGCAUGAAAACUCUCUCUCUGCAUCUGGUAUUAUAUCAUCUCCACAUCCCUCUUCAAACAAUUUACCUCCCUCUGCCUAUCUGGAUUUGAAUUGUCUGUCAUUUUUUUCCGAGUCCUUCUCACAGAGUCCAGAAAACAAAUCAAAAGAGUCUGUUUUCUCAGACUCAGUUGGAAAAGGCCUCUUUCAAGAGCCUAACAAAACACAAAAGGAACAGGAUGAAGCUCCCUCUUUUCUGUCCUUUCAGUUGGACAAAGAUAAUCCCUCAGCUCCAUCCCCUCCUGCUCUGGACUCCUUUGAGUUUGAGGAUGCUCACCACACACUGUCCUGCCUAUCCCGUGAGACUUUCAUUCCAUUUUGUCUGUCUGCUGAGUCCUCACUUCCACAUCCAGAUCUAGAUCGGAUAGAUCCAGCUGCUGGAAGAAUUUCAGAGCUGAGAGAGCAGUCCAUUUCCCAACAGGGGCAAUCAUGUUCUCAUAAUGAUAUAGCAGACCUUACAACGUCCUCUACUGUCCAAGAAGUUAUUCAUGCUAAAAUGCAUAUAGAGGAUAGCCUUAAGCGGAACAGAAAAGGAGAGGGUGAGAGACAUACUGACAGUGUGCAGACUCAAGAUUCUGUUGUUUGUAUCUCAGAUACAGAAAGUUCUGCCGGUCUGUUAGACUGUUCUAGAUUAGCCUCUGUGGAAUUAUGUCACCAAACAGAAAUUGAUCCACACGUCCUCCUCUGUAGUCAGCGUGAAGAGUUUUUAGCUGUAACCAAACAGGAAGAGUUAAGAAGAGUCUGUCAAAUGGAAAUCAAUGGCACACAAAGUGAAUCACCCAGAAGUUAUUUCAUUUUAAAUGAACUCUCAGAGACACAAAGCGGAGCUUCCAUGGAAGCAGAGGAUCUAACCAAAAAUGAGAGCCUUGAUCUAGUAUUUGAGACCUCAGUGGAUGGCAUGGAGGGUGAGAAUGGAGAUGUGGAUGCCUUUUUUGAACAGCUUGCUACUGAAGGACAGGUCUACUGGGCAGAACCCAUCCAGGUUUUAAGUCCAACCCAUGAUGGAUCUCCUGGGAAUUCUUGGUUGCCUCUAGACUCAGCUACCCUGGAUUCAAUUUCAACCACAGGCAAUGCUUUGCCUUUAUCUUUGUCAUCUUCAGCAACAGUGGGUUCUGACCAGAACUCAAGAAAUACAACUGCCUCCCCAGAUACACCCUCCUCCACGACUUUAGCUCCAUUCCUAUCCCCGCCCGAAACACCAAACCUCAGGCUACCAAGGCGCUCCGUUUCUGUUCAAAUAUCUUCAUCUCUGUCUUCUCACAUUGUCCACAGGAAGGAUGUUCCUUAUGUGGCUGACUCAAAGCGCACUCUUGUACCUAGUGUUUUCUCUUUGGACACCUCCGAUCCCUUUCGUGCUGUCCAGGCAUGGACAGACAUGCAGAUUCAGCGAAACAUGGAGAAGUUAUCUUGCACUGUCCCAAAUGAAGUGGGUGCCACAGAAAUGACACAAAAAUCUCCACUGAUCUUCGCUUCGUCGCCAUCUUUUCCUCUACUGUCUAAUGACUGUCAGUUGCAUGACUGUUUCCCUGGGAUGGUUGGAAAGACUGCGUCAGUCUCUGUGGACACAGGACUUGGGCCUGAUAAGGAGGAGGAGGUGUACAGGAAUGGGACUAGAGAUAAGGAGAACCUUUGGGAAGGCAAUCCAUCAGUCACCAUGGCCUGCUGCUGCUCCUGUGACCAUCAGUGUUCCUGCUGCAGGAGUUACAACAGACAGCACACACUGGGAAACGUCCCUUUGUCUUUGGGUGAUUUGGAGGAGAUGAUGCUGUGUCUGCAGCACUUCCGCCUCGUGCACAGCAACAUAGAGGAGCAGCUCUCUGAAGACCAUGUUUCACUUCACCGUGCUCUCUCUGACCAGGACAGGGAGAACAUUAGGGACCUAGAGGUGUUGAGGCGAGCAGUGAAACAGGAGGCUGCAGAGCUGGAGGUGCAUUUGAAUCAUCUGGUCCAUUACUAUGACGACAGCUUGAAAAUGUAGAAGAUGCACAGACUGCUGGACGAGCAGUCUCUGCUGUGCUCUCAGCUCAGAGUCUUUGAACCCGGAGCGGUGUCCACACCAUCGAGCCCCGCCCCCAGCAGGACAGUAGCCACUCAGUGCAGAUUGCGGCCCCGGUUCGCCCCAGCUGAGUGACCACAUCUCCUGGAGCACGUGGAACCUUGACCCCCCUCCACUUGGCCGACCUCCUUUUGGAUUUAGUCUUAAGUGACUUGAGGCUCAACAAUAUAUACAUACAUUUUUCUGACAUAAUAUAAUCAAGCAUUUUAAAAGUUAGAGGUAUGAAACUGUAUUUCAGAUACAGAACUCUUCGUGGACCAUAUGGGUCAAUGGGAGUGACAACAAGAGAAAGCAAAUGAUACUCUAAAAAAUCUGACCAAAUGUUUGUGCCAGGGAUGCUGUAUGUAAUAAUGCCCCCAAACACAAAAAAAAACACAAUAACCUAAUUAUUCACUAUUUUGUGCUGCACAAUAUGUUUUUUAUCAUUAGGCUUCCUGCCUGUUUUAUUAUGAUGGUUUAACAGAAUGUAUUAUAACUUCUCUCCCCACUAAUUUCCCUGUGAACCCCGACCCCAGUGUUACUGGCAGUCCCUUUUCUUUCUAUCCAUACACUUAAUUACACUUUUGUGUUAUUGCGCAUCAUAUUUUUUGAUUUAUGUUUCUUUCCCCUUUUUUUAUAUCAUCUUUUGUUUCACGUGUUAAACGCCAAGCAUGUCUCUCCCAUUUGCAGAUUGAUAUGUCUUCUCUUUUCAGAUUUACGAUUUGACCUUCUACUAGGCAUCCAUCACAUUUCAUGAUAAAUGUCUCACAUGUA